AUGAAGCGCGGCCACGGCUCCGGCAGGCUGGCCGGCGACAGCGACGGCGCGUUCCCCAACCUGCCACCAUCUGGAAGCCGUGAGCAUCCAAGUCAACAGUCCCACACUCCCACCUCAUUCCAUCGCCGCCUCCUUCUCCUGCUCCUCCUCGCCGCGGUCGCCUGCACAGGGCCGCCCGGCGCCGCGUCCAAGCCCGCGCUGCUCGAGCCCUGCGCCUCUGCCACGGCCUGCCCCACACUGUUCUCCUCCGCCCUCCACGCCGACCUCAAACUCGCCGAGCUGGCCGUGCUCUUCGCCGUCGACCCGCUCGCCAUCCUGGCCGCCAACGCCAUCGACUUUGCUGCCCCGGGGCUAGCCGGCCGCAUCCUCCCGGUCGGCCUCGCGUUGCGCGUGCCGGUCCCCUGCGCUUGCUCCGGCCGCGUCCGCAGGGCCACCUCCGUCCGCUACCGCCUGGGGGACACGCUCUCGCGCGUCUACGAUGGCCUCACCGCCCCAGACUGGAUCAGGGACUCCAACGGCGGCGUCCUUGACGCUGAAGGCGCCGUCGACGCCGGGACCGCGCUGCUCGUGUUGCUGCACUGCGCGUGCUUCGGCAGGGUGGGCAACGGGGAUACCGUGCCGGCAAUCGCGAAGAGGUACCAGACCACGACCACCGACGUGAUGAGCGGGUGCGGCUCCGACGGGCUAGCCGGCGACGGCGACGGCGCGUUCUUGGACAAGCUCAGGUGGCGAGGCAGAGGCCGGCGCGCGGCGAGGCCGCGACCAGCGGCGGUGAGGAGGCAGAGGCCGGUUGCCGCAUCGAGCAGCACCAAGGUGAGCCGGCCGCGCCUGCGGGAUCCGGCCGGAGAGGCGAGCUCGGGUGGCGCGGUGGAGCCCUGA